UCUUCAGAAUCGCGCCUUUAUACAUUCAGCACCGAAACGAAGGCACAUCUACGUAAAUUUAGACUCGGGACUUCGCGCGCAAGCGAUCCUCAAGCUGUUAUAUAUCUGAUUGAUAAAAGCAAUCUCGAAAUAAAACAAGAUGAAGAUGGAGUUGUAUAUAAAGAUCUCGAAUCUAUAGGCGACGACCUGCCAGAUCAUUCGCCUCGUUUUAUCCUCCUAAGCUAUCCUUGCACACUGCCCUCCGGCCGUCUCUCCGUCCCAUAUGUCCUAAUCUUCUACCUCCCACCUACAGUCAAUGCCGAACAGCGAAUGUUGUAUGCUGGGGCCAAGGAGCUGAUGAGGAAUACUGCGGAAGUUUCAAAAGUGUUGGAAAUUGAGAGUGUGGAAGAUUUAGAAGAGAUACCUGGUAAAUUAAAGGGCGAUGAGAGAUAAACGAUGAAUUUUGGAUAGGAAUGAAGCGAAUGAUGAUGGAUAGUGAUGAAUCUUGGAUGAAUAACGACUCCUGGAGCGAUUCGGAGACUACAUGAUUCAGUAGUUCGAGCUUUCUCAGUGGAGCCUCGACAUUGGAUACUUCCAUUGUCCAACCUUGUAUUUACUAGGUUAAGGACCUUUUGUAAGUGCUUUGGGUCUGGAAUUCCCCAAGGCAUCGAAAAUAUGAUGUGGUUCGGGUGAAACAUAUAG